AGUGAUUUCAAUUCAUUUUCAAACCGGUCUUCGAAUUUGAACAGAGAGCAUUUGGUUAUCGUAACGGCUAUUUGGUGUUUAGUAAAUUUGUUACGGCGUUGAUUUAUUUUUUUAAAGGAAUUUUAAAUUACUUGAACUGAAAAUGCCUGGUCAAGAAAGUAACAGACUUAGAAACUUUAAGCACAAGGGCAAAGAUAAUGAGGAAAUGAGAAGACGACGAACUGAAAUAAAUAUAGAAUUAAGAAAACAAAAGAAAGAUGAUCAGUUAUUGAAAAGAAGAAAUUUUAUUACAGAUGAAAAUGAGUCUCUUAGUCCUGUACAAAAUAAGAUACCAGUUAUGUCUAUGGAAGAGAUUGUUCAAGGAGUAUGCAGUCCAGAUCCUGAACUCAAAUUACAGGCUACUCAGUCUGCUCGUAGAAUUUUGUCUAGAGAAAUAAAUCCUCCUGUUGAUUCUAUAAUUCAAGCUGGUUUAUUACCUACAUUUGUUGAAUUUUUAAGUUGCCAUGACAGUCCUGCUCUACAAUUUGAAGCAGCUUGGACAUUAACAAAUAUAGCCUCUGGUAAUUCUGAACAAACUCAAUGUGUUGUUAGUGCUGGAGCUGUUAUACCAUUUAUAAAUCUUUUAUCAUCUCCUCAUGUUAAUGUUUGUGAGCAAGCGGUCUGGGCAUUAGGAAAUAUAGUAGGUGAUGGUUCAACUUUGAGAGAUUAUGUUGUUCAACGUGGAAUUCUUCCACCUUUAUUAAAACUUAUUAAUCCUGAUACACCAGUUCCUUUUUUAAGAAAUAUAGCAUGGACAUUAUCAAAUUUAUGUCGUAAUAAAAAUCCUCCUCCAUCUUUUGAAGUAGUCCAAGCUUGUCUUCCAGCUCUUGCUCAAUUAAUAUUUCAUUCAGAUGAAGAAGUUGUUGCUGAUGCUUGUUGGGCCUUAUCAUAUAUUAGUGAUGGCACCCAAGAAAUGAUUCAAGAAGUUAUUAAUGCAGGUGUUGUUCCUCGAUUGACUGAAUUGUUAGAAUGUUCAGAAAUGGCAGUAGUAACUCCAGCUUUAAGAGCAACAGGAAAUAUAGUUACUGGUAAUGAUGUACAGACUCAAACUGUCAUAGACUGUGGUGCUCUUCCAUCAUUUCAUAAACUACUUAAUCAUACUAAAAUAAAUAUUCAAAAGGAAGCAGCAUGGACAUUGUCUAAUAUAACUGCUGGUAAUGAUAAACAGAUUCAAGCUGUUAUUGACUCGGGACUGAUAGAACCUAUUGUAGAAAUUAUUGCAAGUGGGGAUUACAAAAGCAAAAAAGAAGCCACCUGGGCCGUUACAAAUCUCACAAGUGGAGGAACAUUGGACCAAAUAGUUUAUAUUAUUCAAGCAGGUGUAAUUCCACCACUCUGUGACAUGUUAAAGGUACCCGAAGCAAAAAUAAUUUUGCUAGUACUUGAUGCUUUUAGGAACAUUCUUGCAGCAGCUGAAAGAAUUGGAGAAAUAGAAAAAGUUUGUUUGUUGAUAGAAGAAACGGGUGGAUUAGAUAGAAUUGAAGAACUCCAGCAGCAUGAAAAUAAUGAAGUAUAUAAGAGUGCCUUAGAAAUUAUUGAUCGUUACUUUUCUGGAAACGAUGAUACCAGUGAUGAAUUGCUUCCUCAGACCGAUGUCUGUGGUAACUUUCAAUUCUCUAAUGACGGACCACCAGAAGGAGGAUUUUCAUUUUAAAAAAGAAGAGAGAAUGUAAAUAAUUUGUUACAAAAAUUUUACAGUACUUGCCAAAUUUUGUAUUUUUUUCAAAUCAAUUUCAGUUUUCAUUUCUAAAAAAAAUUUGAAGUUCCUACUUGUAUUGACUGUUAAAUUUUAUUUUAAUUCUGUAUUAGUGUUGGUAUCCAUUCUUCUUUCCCAUA